AGAGCGACCUUCGCGCCCAGUACAAACGGGUGUGUGUUUCUGUGUUUAUAUUUCUGUCUUAUUAAUAAAAUAUCUCCUGUGUGGGUAAAAGUAUUGUUUUCUUGAUUGUGUGUCGCUACAGAAUACAUACAACUAUGCAGGCGGUCGUGUUCAACGGUAAAACAAAAGACGUGAAGUAUGUGCGCAACCAUCCCAUGCCCAAAAUAGUGGAAGACAAUCAAGUAAUAGUUAAGGUCGCUUAUUCCGGCAUUUGCGGAACCGAUCUUCAUAUAAUUCAGGGCGACUUCCCUGUGCGCCAGGAGCCGAUCCUAACCCUCGGCCAUGAGUUCAGUGGGACAGUGCACGACGCGGGAAAACAAGCCUUCCUGAAGAAAGGACAGCGUGUCGUGGUUGAUCCUAACAGCCAGUGUCUUCUUUGCGAGUACUGCCGCAAAGGCCGGUACCAGUUCUGCGCGGCGAAGAAGAACAUCGGCAUCUGGGUGGACGGAGGCUGGGCUCAGUACGUAGUCGUCCCGCAAGACAACGUCUACCCCAUCCCCGACGAAGUUACUUUGGAACAGGCGUCUCUGUGCGAGCCGUACUCGUGUGUGGCGCACGGCUUCGAUCGCGUAUCGCCCGUGUCUGUGGCGGACCGGGUGCUAAUACUGGGAGCUGGCAUUAUAGGAAACCUGUGGCUAACGACCCUGCAUCUUCACGGCCACAGAGGCGUGACGGUCUCUGAAAUGAACAAAGCAAGACUGGAUAUUGUUAGGAAUUUGGAUUUGGGAUUCAGGCUGGUUACACCUGAUGUGCUGGAAAGCGAAAAAACGCAAUAUGAUGUCAUCAUUGACUGCACUGGUGUGCCCAGGGUCCUGGAGACCAGCUUUGACCUGGUGAAGCCGGGCGGGAAAUACGUGGUGUUCGGCUGCGCGCCGCAGGGCAAGAAGGCUAGUAUAACACCUUUCGACAUUUUCGACAAGGGUCUGACUGUGAUCGGCGUGAAAGUGAAUCCAUUCACAUUUCCCACCUCAAUUGGCUGGCUCAAGAAUAUGGGAGACAGAUAUCUGGAUUACAAGAAGCUGGGGAUUAAGACUUAUUCAUUGGAGCAGUAUGAGCAAGCUUUCGCAGACUUAAAGUCUGGAUCCAUUUCCAAGGCCAUGUUCAAAAUAGAAUAAAUAAUACUUCUGACGUUUAUUUAUUCAUUAAGUAAUACUGUAUCAAGAGUUCAACCUAGUUACAACGAUUGUGGACUUAGAAUUUUAUUGCUUAGCAGAACACAUAAUAUACACGACAGUGAACAAGU